AUGCAGGAGCAGAUUACAAUGAUCGGGGACAUUUGUAAGGAAUCACAUUCGUCGUUUCAGUCGUUCUUUAAGCACGAUGACACCACCUAUGUUGCAUCUGUUAUGAAGGAAGCAAUUGCUUGUGGUGCAAUAGAAGGCAGCGAUGAGCACUUCAUUGCCUCUGAGCUUUUCAUCAAGAGAGAGCAAAGGGAGAUGUUUUUGAGCAUGAGUGUUCACACUCGUUUGGGUUGGCUAAAGAGGAAGUUCAAUGUCAAAUGUCAUCUGACAGUGAAAGUGACAAUGAAAACUAUUAUGAAAUGA